CGCGCAGAUAACACAUCUCUAUCGAGGUACACCGAUGCUGAUGCUGCAUGUCUGUAUAUAAAGCCGGCGAACGGUCAGAUGGAUAUAUCUAGUUGGGUUCGAAACCUACCAGUGAUAGGUCUAAUUAAAACUAUCAACAAACUGUCCAUCGAUAUUCAGAAGAAAACAUGAGGGUAGCUAUCAUUGGCGGAGGAGCUGCUGGUUUGGCUUCGGCCAGACACGUUUUGGGCAACGGUCACGAAUGCGACGUCCUGGAGAUGGGCUCUCAUCUAGGUGGCACCUGGGUGUACACCGACGAUGUUGGCAAGGACAAGUACGGAUUCCCCGUUUACUCUGCCAUGUACAAAGGCCUAAGGACUAAUCUCCCCAAGGAAGUGAUGGGAUUCCCCGAUUUCCCCAUCCCUGAACAGAGAAAAUCUUAUUUGACACAAGCCGAGAUCUUGGAUUUCCUCAACCUCUACGCCGACAAUUUCGAAUUGAGGAAGAACAUCAAAUUCAACAGGUUGGUGGUCAAAGUGACACCACUGCCAGACCAUAAAUGGAAGGUGGUUUCGGUGGACAAACCAAGCAAAGAGGAAAUCGAGCAAAUUUAUGACUCGGUGAUGGUUUGUAACGGCCACUACAACGAUCCCGUCUUACCAACGUUGGUGGAUCUCGAAAAGUUUGAAGGGAAGGAAUGCCACAGCCAGAGCUUCCGUUCUCCCGAAUCUUUCAAGGGUCAGAGGGUGCUCAUUAUCGGCGCUGGUCCUUCCGGCAUCGAUUUAGCUCUGCAAAUCAGUCGCGUUGCCUCCAAAGUGGUGUUGAGCCAUCACUUGAAAGAGCCCAUCACCGCAGCCUACUCAGACAAUGUGGAACAGAAGCCAGAUGUUAAGAGGGUUCUAGGCGCUGAAGAUGUUGAAUUUGUUGAUGGAUCGGUGUGUGCCUUCGACGCCAUCUUCUACUGCACAGGAUACAAGUAUAGUUUCCCGUUCUUGGAUCAAUCCUGCGGAAUCACCGUAGUCGAUAAUCACAUUGAACCUCUGUACAAACAUAUGAUCCACAUCGAAAGGCCAACGAUGUGCUUCAUCGGAAUCCCAUUCAAUGUAUGUGCCUUCCAAAUGUUCGACUUACAGGCGAGAUUUUUCUUGAAAUACCUGAACGGAACUAUAAGUCUUCCAAGUCGUGAGUUGAUGCUUGAAGACACCGAGAACGAUAUGAAGAAUCGCUGGGCCAAGGGCUACUCGAAACGACAGGCUCAUUCGAUGGGCCCUGAUCAAUGCUCCUACUAUCGAGAUUUGGCGCAAGAGGCGAAAACGGAGCCCAUUCCACCUGUAAUCGUCAAAUUGAGAGACGAGAGUGUGAAACGUCUGUACGACGAUCUGGUCAACUUCAGAGAGGACAGAUACAGAAUCGUCGAUGAAAACAACUUCAUCAAAGUCCAAUGAAUUCCACAUGAAACUAUUUCUCAAUUAAGAUCAAACUAAUAUUCUUUAAAUUGCUUACUUUUAUAGUAUUAAAACAGAAACGAUAAAGAUUAU